AUGGGAACCCAAUGCCUAGAAACCCCUCCUCUCCUUCAAGACCUCAAGGUCACAAUCCAAAGCUCUUCUUUGGUUUUUCCAAACCAAGAAACAGCUGAGAGAAAAUCCAUGUUCUUGUCAAACAUCGACCAAGUGCUCGAUUUCAAUGUCGAAACGGUCCAUUUUUUUGCAUCCCACAAAGAUUUUCCUGCUCAAGCUGUAGCUGAGAAAAUAAAGAAUGCACUUGAGAAGAUAUUGGUACCAUAUGAUUUCUUGGCUGGAAGAUUGAAGUUGAACACUACAACGGGUCGUUUAGAGAUUGAUUGUAAUGGGGCAGGAGCUGGCUUUGUGGUGGCCUCCAGUGAGUGUACAUUGGAUGAGAUUGGAGACUUGGUUUAUCCUAAUCCAGCAUUUGCUAAGCUAGUUGUUACCAGUUUGGAUAGCUUGGAAAAAAAUGGCAAACCACUAUGCAUUAUCCAGGUAACAUCAUUUAAGUGUGGUGGCUUUGCAAUGGGCACGUCGACCAGCCAUGCAACUUUUGAUGGGAUAAGCUUCAAAGCUUUCUUAGAAAACUUGGCUGCCCUAGCUGGUGGCAAACCCCUGGCUGUCACCCCCUGCAACGACCGGGAACUCCUAGCCGCUCGAUCUCCACCAUCUGUCACCUUCCCUCACCCUGAAUUGGUCAAACUUCAAGGCCAAGAGUUGAAUGCUCCAGUCUUUGAUGCCACCCAAGAAGCACUAGACUUCAAGAUUUUCAGGCUACGCUCCGGCAACAUCUCCGACCUUAAAGAGAAGGCCAAGACUAAUCCAAAUGCCCGCAUUUCUGGCUUUAAUGUGGUAACUGCUCACAUUUGGAGGUGCAAGGCGUUGUCGCAUGAUACGGAAGACCAGGAUCUCGAUAGGGUGUCUACAAUUCUUUAUGCUGUCAACAUAAGGCCACGAUUGAUUCCUCCUUUACCAGCAUCAUACGCUGGAAAUGCAGUGUUAACUGCUUAUGCAAGUGCUAAGUGUAGGGAGCUGCAAGAAGGGCCAAUUUCUAAAUUGGUGGAGAUGGUAGCAGAGGGCUCAAAGAGAAUGACCGAUGAGUAUGCGCGGUCUGCUAUAGAUUGGGGUGAGAUUUACAAAGGAUUUCCACAUGGGGAGUUCUUAGUAUCAUCUUGGUGGAAAUUAGGAUUUGAUGAAGUGGACUAUCCAUGGGGGUGCCCCACGUACUGCUGUCCUGUGGUAUACCACAGGAAGGAUAUUAUCUUGCUUUUCUCGGAUAUUGAUGACAAGAAUAGCGUCAAUGUUUGGGUUGCGCUCCCCAGGAAGGAAAUGGAAAAGUUUGAAAGGCUCUUCCACAAGUUCUUAUCGGCUUGA